AGAGAGAGAGAGAGAUGGAAGCUUUUACUCGGAGCAAUGACGUAGAAUCACUUAAAGCAAAGUGCUUUCAGCCAAAUAUUGAAACUGAAACUCAUAUCAAGAGUUUACAUUGACUAACGCACUAUCAGAAUGUAUAGGCUAAGAUUUGUCUUUUCUUUUGUGAUAAAAGUGUAAUUUUUAUUACUUUUUAUUUAAAAGACGUCUAUAUAUUUUUUUUCAUACAUGACAGAAUAUGAAAAACGACCGGCGAAAAUGAGUAUACAGAAUGUUUUUAUUACUUCACUUAUUGCAGGAGGUGCUGCAGGAACAUUUGUAGAUAUUACAUUAUAUCCAUUAGAUACAUUGAAAACCCGAUUGCAGAGUAAACAAGGGUUUAUUAAGACUGGAGGAUUUACAGGUCUUUACAAAGGAAUUUGUCCAGUUAUAAUUGGCUCAGCACCAACUGCUGCAUUAUUUUUUUUAACAUAUGAAGAAAUUAAAACUGUAGCAAGACCUAGGAUUUCUGAAAAGCAUCAUAUUUUACUUCACAUGGGAGCUGCAACACUAUCAGAAAUGGUAGCAUGUUUAAUAAGAGUCCCAGUGGAAGUUUUAAAGCAAAGAAAACAAGCACAAAUAGUAGAUCAAAAAUUCCUUGGUCUUAAAUUAUUGUAUCGUGGAUACUGGAGCACAGUAUUGCGUGACGCACCUUUUAGUAUUGUACAGUUUCCAUUAUGGGAAUAUCUGAAAACAUCCUACAGUUCUCAUAUUGAGAGAAAAAUAUAUCCUAUGGAAAGUGCAAUCUGUGGCGCCAUUUCAGGAGGCAUCUCUGCGGCUGUUACAACUCCAUUGGAUGUCGCAAAAACGAGGAUAAUGCUUGCUAGUAGAACAUCGUUUUUAUCAGAAUUGACGAUAUCGAAUGUACUUUAUGAGACAUAUGUAGAAAAUGGUUUUCGUGGAUUGUUUGCUGGUUUUGUACCAAGAGUAACGUGGAUUACAUUAGGAGGUUUUAUAUUCUUUGGAGUCUACGAAGAAGCAAAAGUACUCACGCAGGUAAUAUUUCCAAUGUUGAAAUAAAAGCAUCUUUAUGAGUAUGUAAUACGAGAAGGUAGUGUAAAAUACUUCUAUAAAAUUUAUAUAUAUAUGUAUAUAUCUUAUUAAAUAUUAAUGAAUUUAUAAAAAUACAGUUUAUACUUUGUUUACAAAAACUUGUUAUAUAUAUCGUGUAAAAAUUCAUUAAAGAUAUUUUCAUUCA